AGUGACAAGUAUGAACAUAGUCAGUCUGUUAUUUGACUGGACCAAAGUAAUAGACUUGGAUACCAGGUACCAGGCUACAAGAUGGAGGUUCAAAUUCUGUCAGAGAAGUUCAUAAAACCCUACAGUCAAACCCCACUUCACCUUAGGAACAUGAAGGUAUCAUUGAUUGAUCAACUUGCUCCUCCGGCUUAUACACCUAUGAUUCUCUACUAUUCUGCUGUUAACGGUGAGAAGACGAUGUCCGAAAGGGAUAACAGAUUUAACAGGUUAGAAAAAUCAUUAUCAGAGACACUAGCAUGCUAUUAUCCAUUAGCAGGAAGAUAUAUUGAAGACAGGAACAUGGUUGAUUGUAAUGAUGAUGGGGCAUUAUUCUUGGAAGCUAAGGUGAGUGGCCAUCUUGCUCAACUUGAUCUCCAGGGAGCGGUUGAUGUUAAGUCGCUGAAUAGAUUCGUUCCAUUUGGAGAUGAAAUGGCCUUUAGUCCUAUAGUACUAGCAGUUCAAAUCAACAAGUUUGACUGUGGUGGGUUGGUCAUUGGUGUGUGCAUAUCGCAUAGGGUAGCUGAUGGUCACACUAUGGGGGCAUUCCUAAAAGCAUGGGCUACAGCCUGCCGAGCAGGGAUGCAUGAAAUGAUCCGGCCUAGUUUUGAUGCAGGAGCUCUAUUUCCGGCAACAGAUGUCUUACGUUUCGGUACUCCAGUUCCUAGAGAUCAUGGAAGUCAGAUUGUCACAAAAAGGUUUGUUUUCGAUGGAGAAAAAAUAAGCAGUCUGAAGGCUAAAGUUAUGUCCUAUGCUCGUGAUUCAGACGUCAAACGCCCUCCUUCGCGGGUGGAGGUGGUGACAGCACUAUUAUGGAAAGCUCUAAUAGGCGUAGCUCAAGCAAAACACGGAAAACUAAGACCUUCUUUGCUAACCCUUCCAUUAAAUCUUCGGGGGAAAGUGGAUCUUCUGAUUACAGAGAAUUCUUUUGGAAACCUCUACAGGAUGGUCGGUGUUCGAUUUAAUCCUAAGGAGAGUAGUUCAGAGAUGCAUCAUUUGGUAAGUCUGCUCAAUGAUGCAGUAAACAAGGCCAACAAAGAUUGCGAACAAGUGGUAAAUUCUGAUGAUGUGAUAGCUAUGGUCAGUAAUUCCAUGGAAGAGAUACAUAACGGAGCAAGGAAUGGGGAUCUAGAUAUCUGUGUGGUUCCUAGCUGGUGUAAGUUUCCUUUUUACCAAAUUGAUUUUGGCUUUGGAAAACCAACUUGGUUUAGCAGUGUGCAUAAACCACUGGAAAUAGUACUUCUUGUGGAUACCAAAUUUGGGACUGGAAUUGAAGCUUGGGUGAGCUUGGAAGUAGAAAAUAUGCUUCAGUUCCAACAAUAUAUAUCGCAGCAGUGCAGCAAUACUUCCUCAGAUGACAUCUAUUUUAAAGCUAUUCAAUUAUCAAAAUCAAGUUUCAAUAAUCAAACAGGGGUUUAUGACAUCUAAUUUUAUGUUCUUCGGGAUUUUAUGUGCCUGUAAAUUGGGUUUUUAUUUAGAAACCGAAGGAAAUUAACCUCAUUUUAUCAGUUUCUAAUAGACUCCACGUAUUUAAACCUUCAUGAUUAACCAGUAACUGGAUAUCCUUUCUCUCCAUGUUUGAUUUUCUUUCAAAAAUUCCCUAUGCGGUUCAGGGAUGCUCGUGAGGAAUUCAAGGUGGAGGCAUUUACAAUCGAGUCCGAGGGACUGUACCAUACUGCCUUGGCUGUCGCCAUGGAAGAGAUAUGAAUCAUAUGGUGAUGAUGAUGGUUCCAUCUAUGGAAUUUUCUUUUAGAAAACAGAGAAUUAAUGGCUUGUUGAUCACUUCUUGAAGAAAGUUGCGUGUGUGCAAAGUGAAACUAGAAGAAGUUUGGCGUCUCAGCAACUUGUUCGAAAAUUAUAAUCAAAUGUUUUAACUCAGAAACUUGGACAAAAAUGUAAGCAAAGAAAAAAGAAAAUUACCAGGUCAAGUCUAAAAUGCAGCAGCAUGACCUUAUCCUUUCUCUUCUCCCCCACAUUGGAAAUUCAAGAAAUUGUAAGUAAAGUUCAAGAGAGCCAAAAGGAAGAAGUCUUGAAAGAGUCA